UUUGAAAGAAAAAAAAUAAGUAUAAUGUCGGAAGUUGCACUUGCACGAAAAUCAGUCGACGGUGGAAUAGUCAACUAACUUUAGCUGAGUAUUUGACAGCGUGAGGGAUGUCGUCGCUUACGGUGGUCACAGAUUCCGGCGAACGAGCUCCGCUUCUUUGUAUUUCUUCGCCAGAAUUGUCGCACUCGCACCCUAGGGAUGGAGAAAUAGUCUCUUCGUCCUUGGACGAGAUUGCCGUAUCAAAACCUACGCUCAGUGAUCCCAAACAGCGUUUAGUCUCUCUCGAUGUCUUUAGAGGCCUUACCAUCGCUUUAAUGAUUUUGGUUGAUGAUGCUGGAAAGGCUUUCCCGUCCAUAAAUCACUCUCCAUGGUUUGGAGUGACCCUUGCUGACUUUGUGAUGCCAUUUUUCCUCUUUAUCGUUGGUGUUUCUGCAAGUUUAGUAUUCAAGAAAGUUUCCUGCAAACCACAAGCUACAAAGAAGGUCUUACUGAGGACAGUUAAGCUCUUUAUUUUGGGAGUAGUCCUUCAAGGUGGGUAUUUCCACGGCCGCAACAACCUGAGUUAUGGAGUUGAUAUUGCUAAAAUUAGAUGGAUGGGAGUGUUACAGAGGAUUUCCAUCGGUUAUUUAUUUGCUUCAAUCCUGGAAAUUUGGUUUGCCAAUGAUUAUCCUGUUGAUUCAUCAAAGGCAUUUAUCAGGAGAUACUUCUUCCAAGCGCUGGCUGGAAUCUUAAUUGGUUUGUCGUACCUGAUUUUGGUAUAUGGCCUCUAUGUUCCAGACUGGUUCUUUGAAAUAUCCAGUCUUAACAUGGAAUCACGAUCACCAGUUUCAGGAUAUGGAUCGAGUACUCAAACUGUUAACUGUGGAGUGAGGGGCAGUCUCAAGCCUCCUUGCAAUGUUGUUGGUCUGAUUGAUAGGCUUCUUCUUGGUGAAAAACACCUUUAUCAACGUCCUGUCUACAGAAGAACCAAGGAAUGCAGUGUCAACUCUCCUGAUUAUGGACCUCCACCAUCAAAUGCACCUGGAUGGUGCCUUGCUCCAUUUGACCCUGAAGGAAUCUUAAGUUCUUUGAUGGCAGCCAUUACGUGCCUUGUGGGCUUGCAUUUUGGCCACAUUCUUGUGCAUGUUCAAGAUCACCUGCAGAGGGUAAUCUUUUGGUCCGUAUUUUCUGUAUUUCUAACACUUGCAGGAUAUGUAUUGGAGCUUGCAGGUGUUCCUCUUUCUAAACCGCUUUACACAUUGAGCUAUAUGUUCAUCACGGCUGGAGUAUCCGGUUUGCUCUUAGUAGUUCUUUAUUACAUUGUUGAUGUCAAAUGUUUUCAGAAGCCAAUGAUACUAUUUCAGUGGAUGGGAAUGAAUGCUCUCAUCCUAUAUGCUUUGGCUGCUUGUGACCUCUUUUCUGGGGCACUGCAAGGUUUCUAUUUGUAUUCACCCGAAAACAACUUGAUCUGAAGUUACAAAUAAAAUGGCAUGUAGGUUGACAUUACAGAAAGGUUCAUUCAAGCAGCAUUUAAUUCAAAGAAGUGGGGUACCUUGGUAUUUGUGAUGCUUGAGAUAUUGUUUUGGGGUUUGGUUGCUGGAUUCCUUCAUGCAAAAAAGGUUUAUAUAAAGCUAUGAAGUUGCUGAUGUGAAUGCUUUUGCGUUGUGUGGUGCCUCUCUUGAUCAUGCCCAGUAUUUCAAAAGAAUGCAUUCAGUGAGUCCUUCAGCAGCAAAUCCAGAAGAUUUGAGAUUCUCAACUCAUAGCAUUGAACUUUACUAUCCUUGUGGCAUGUAUAUAUCUGCGGACAAUAUUACAUAGGAGAUUAUGAACAGUUUCCAGCUUUCUCCUUGUGUAGUUGUGGCAUUAAAAUUUGCUUCGAGGAUAUCUACUUAGUCCAGUCACAAAUGACAGCACGUUGUAAACUUGUAAUGUCAUAUUUAAUUCUCUUUGUUGAUCUUCCUUUCUAUUACGGUAUUACCCAGUUCCUAGCUGGUCUUGA